AUUGGUAAACGCUGUUUCUCCCUCGCGCGCGCACCUUCUCAGCAGUAGCCGAGUGCGCGUGCUUUACUCGUGCCUAAGCAGCGUGACAUCACUGAAGUAUAAAGGAGACAGAAAGAAGAAACAAUGUUCGGGUUGCUGUUUAAAGCCAUCUGUAGAUCGAAGAAUGGACUUAUCCUCUUCUGCAGUCCGUUUCUUCUCCUGCCCCUGCCCCUGGUCAUCGGAACCACGGAAGCUCGUUGUGCCUACGUUAUCGGGCUGACGGCAGUGUACUGGUGUACCGAGGUGCUGCCUUUGGCUAUUACGGCUCUCUUACCGGUUGUGCUCUUUCCUCUGUUUGGUAUCAUGACCUCUAAGGAUGUUUGCAUGCAGUACCUGAAGGACACAAACAUGCUGUUUUUGGGUGGUCUGAUGGUAGCCGUCGCUGUGGAGGACUGGAAUUUGCACAAACGCAUUGCAUUGCGAUUUUUGCUCAGCGUCGGGGUGCGACCUGCCCUGCUGAUGUUAGGUUUCAUGAGCGUGACAGCGUUCCUCUCCAUGUGGAUCAGUAACACUGCCACUACGGCCAUGAUGGUGCCCAUAGUGCAGGCGGUGCUGAAGCAACUCAACACAGCGGGAGACGAAGAAGAAGCUGGAGCUCCUUCAGAACAUGAGGAGAACCUGCCUAAUGUACAGGCUAAUGGUCAGGUGCUUGAGAAUGGCCUCCGCUUUUCCAUACAAAACACAACAGAACAGUGUAAUGAAUCCAAAGAGAUGAUGAAAAUGUGUAAGGGCAUGAUGCUGAGUGUGUGUUAUGCUGCUAGCAUUGGUGGAACUGCUACACUAACAGGCACCGGGCCCAAUCUGGUCCUCACAGGACAAAUGAACCAACUCUUCCCAGACAACCCAGAUGUUGUAAACUUUGCCUCCUGGUUUGGGUUCGCCUUCCCUAACAUGAUUAUUAUGCUGUUGGCAGCCUGGCUGUGGUUACAGAUUGUGUUCCUGGGCUGCAAUUUCAGAAAAACGUGGGGCUGCGGCACGGUGAGGACGGAGAAAGAGAUCGCUGCGUAUAACGUGAUCUACGAGGAGCAUCGUAGACUUGGGCCCAUGUCCUUUGGAGAAAUAAGCGUUUUAACACUCUUGGGCCUGCUAGUGGCUCUAUGGUUCAGUCGCGACCCAGGUUAUGUGGACGGCUGGGCAACACACCUUUUCAACGCUGAUAAAGAGUACGUGACAGACGCCACAGUGGCGAUGUUUGUCGCCGCUCUUCUCUUCGUGCUUCCCGCUAAGCCGCCCUGCCUGUUCCUUUGGAGGACACAGAGCUUCGGCACAGAUCCUCAGUCCAACAUUGAACCUCGGGCCACUUUGCUGUCCUGGCCGGUGGUGCACAAGAAGAUGCCGUGGAGUAUAAUCUUGCUACUCGGAGGAGGUUUUGCUCUAGCUAAGGGCAGUGAGGAAUCAGGUUUAUCCAGAUGGCUCGGGGAACAGAUGACUCCACUCCAGACCAUUCCUCAGUAUGCUAUUGUUAUUAUCGUGUGCCUGAUGAUCGCCACCUUUACAGAAUGCAUCAGCAACGUAGCCACGGCAACCCUGUUUCUCCCGAUCAUCGCCUCUAUGUCCCAGUUUAUAGGUAUGAACCCGCUAUAUGUGAUGAUUCCCUGCACCCUCAGCGCAUCCUUCGCCUUCAUGCUCCCAGUGGCGACUCCUCCGAAUGCCAUCGUUUUCUCUUAUGGGUAUCUGAAGGUGUCUGACAUGGCCAAAACAGGGAUUGUCAUGAACAUCAUCGGGAUCCUGUCCGUCACUCUGUCCAUCAACAGCUGGGGAAGAGCCUUGUUCAGUUUAGACUCAUUUCCCAGUUGGGCGAACAGCACAGCGGUCUGAUGGUUGAAGUCCGUCGAGGCACUUAUGCUACUCGACAGUUUGUCAAAAACGACUGUAAUAUACAAAUGUACAGUAUGUAGAUUUUGUUUUACUUUAUAAAUCUUAUUCAGGUCAGACCUAGAUGUCUGGAAUCAGAUUUGUGUAAGAUUUCUUUAUUUUGUUAUGAAGUCAAACACUUUAUUUGAAGUUAUUUUGUUUAUCUGGAUACAUGUAAAGGGUGUAAUAUUAAUGCUCGUAUUGUUAGAAACAUGGCACAGAAUCACAUUUUAGCAAGUGAACAUAAUUAAAGUUAUUGAGUUUUUCCUGUUUGGAUAUUAGAGUUAACAGAGUAUUAAUGAGUGUUAAACUUAUUGCUGUACAUUUUUAAUAAAUUAUCAUUAACAAUGUUAUUAAUGAAUUCAUUCAUUCAUUCAUUCAUCUUCUACCGCUUAUCCGAACUACCUCGGGUCACGGGGAGCCUGUGCCUAUCUCAGGUGUCAUCGGGGCAUCAAGGCAGGAUACACCCUGG